CGCCUUGUAAGAAACAUGUCGGAGACGAAGACUUCAAUCGCGUGGCUCUUUCUGUUACUUCUAUCGGGUGGAAAAGUUUAUUGUGCUGCUGGUGAUGACUUUACUGAAACUGUUACUCUAUCAGGUGGGAAAUUUCGCAUGGGUAGUUCGUCUGCUGACCCCAAACGCGGAGAACUAGCGACCAAGAGUGUUGGGGUGAAACCAUUUGUGAUUGAUAAGUAUCCUGUAACAAACGAAAAUUUUCGGAAGUUUAUCCGCGCCACGAAAUUCAAGACGGAAGCAGAGAAGUUUGGGUGGAGUUUUGUGUUUCGUACUUUUGUACCGGAAAAAGUGCGAUCGAAGAUCACACAGUCUGUCCCGGUAAGUUCUGAUUUACUCUAUUUCGAAACAAGUGCUGAUUGGAGAAAUUUUGUACUUUCAAGAUUAAAAACUUCUGGGGGAUUCUCAGGUUAAAGUUUUCAGGAGCUACCCGUUUUGCUCUCCUGUCAUUCUACGUAGAUGAUUUUUUCUUUUCUAGUGAAACUAGAGGUCGGUCGACGAAUAAUUCCAAGGAGUCGUUUAUCUCUUUUGUAUAUUUUUGUUUAUUCAUGUUACUCGUACCUGCUGUCGACCAGACCGUCGACUGUUAAAUUCUUUUUCCUCUGUGUAUUUGUUUUUGCCUCCUUUUUUAUCUUCUCGGUCCAAGAAAAAUUUUGAAUUGUAUCCACGUUACAUUGUGGCUGGAUUUUAUCAACAUUUCUUUCUUGGGGAAGAGGGAACUAAGUAAAAUAAAAGAAGGGCCUCGGAAGUCGAGUCAGUUUAUUUUACUUAGUGUCCACAUUACUUUGACAAUGUUCGUAGUAAGUUUCCCAAUCUCUCUUAGAAGUAUCUUCUAGGUAUUAGUCACCUCCUUCUACAAAAUGUUUUGUCGAACAGAGCCUGAUUGCUGGUUGUGCCCUUCCAUUGAAGUACACAUAUACAUGUUUUCCUAAUCAUGAUAAAUUUUCUUUUAGGGCGCUCCAUGGUGGUUACCUGUACAGCAGGCAUACUGGAGACAGGUAAGUCCAUAAGAUUUCUAGAGUUCUUGACUAAAUAUCAAACCUAAUAAUUCCCAUAGCUAAGUUGAUAAAGCAUUUAACCAAAAAGUCAGGGGUUUCAAAACCUCCAAAUCCUUCAAUCCCAUUCCUGAGACAAACAUUCACCACCUUUCUUUAGCUUGUAAGUGUUGGAUAAAUUUGAGUGAUUUGGAUUUUUUUCUGUGCCUAGCCAGGAGGUCCAGGUACCUCAAUUAAAGAGAAAUUGUCAUAUCCAGCUGUUCAUAUAAGCUACAAUGAUGCUCAGGCAUAUUGUGAGUGGAUGGGCAAGCGGCUGCCUACAGAGGCUGAGUGGGAGUUUGCUGUUAGAGGAGGCCUCAAAGGUGUGGUAAAAUUAAUUAUAGGGAUUUGUUUUGAAGAACAUAGUUAAAACUGUGGUACUGUGCCAGAUAAAUAGCACUUUAACCAGCAUGCACUAGCAAGUUUUGGGGUUGGUUGGGUGAUGUUUGGUCAAGCAUUCAAAACUGUACAUAGUUUUGAUGUAGGAAAAUCACCAUGGUACUGAUUAUCGCUGGGAUUGAAAUGUCUGGAUUCUGAUGAUCUGCAUGUUGCAAUAUCUAUUGACGAUUUGAAUUUGUGUGUGGAGUUUUCUCAGCUUCAUGUAUGUUGCUUUCUGUGCAAAAAGAAAAAAAAUCACAUUCUUUCUUAAUUAAUAGUUGACUCCUUAGCAACAUCCCUUGUCCUAUUACUUACUAGAGACCUGAAAAAGAAGCAAAAUUAUUGUAAUGUUGAUUCUUUGCUUGGAGAUACUGUGGCAAACUCAGAUUAUGCAUGCCACAAUGGAUCAGUUCCCAUUUUGACAAUUUGGAGAAAAAAGUUUCAAUUAAAUGGUUUCACUUCAAUUCAUUACUCAUUUAGGAAAUUUUUCCUUGAUAGAGAAAGAGUAUCCAUGGGGAUCAAACUUUCAAGAGGACCGCAUGAACAUCUGGCAGGUGCUAUUACUGUCACAAUUAUGAUGUUUGAUCUCUUAUGGUAUUCUGUUUAUUUAUGCUGCAGUCAACAGCAGUUCACUGCCAGGCCUAUAAAGGACAUAGUGACUUGCACAGUGUGUAAAAUACAUUUUUUUAAAAUAACUAUUUCAGAACCAGACUACUUAAAUUUCAAAAUUGUUUGUUACUCUCACAAUUAGAUUAUCUAGUCAUAUUAAGUUUGUUCAAUCAACUACACAGAACUGUAAAAGUUUCAUUUUAAGAAUGCAUGAAACAUUUUCCUUUGUACUGCAGGGAGAAUUUCCUGAUAAAAACUCACAGGAAGAUAGUCACAUUGGCGUAGCUCCUGUAGAUGCCUUUCCUGCACAGAACAAAUUUGGUAAGUUUAUACUUGCAGUGAAAUAAUUACUAUUUCUUUUCCAUACAGUUAACUGUCUGUGAAAAUUGUACAGAAGUGGCUGAAAGCUGUUUUAGAUGUAGUUUACAUAGAUGCACUAACAAAAGUACCAAUAUUUUUUCUUACCAAUUGUCAGAAGUAUUUUUUGGUUACUUGCAUUUUGCUGUUACUGCAACUUUCAAAGAUGUAAUCGAAUUUGCAAACCUUAUAAUUCAAUUAAAUGCAAAAAAAGUUUCAGUGCAUGUGAUACAGAGCUGAGCUGGUUAAAUUGUGAUUGUUCUUUAUAACUACCUCACUUUUUCCAUAGGAAUGUAUGAUAUGCUGGGUAACGCCUGGGAAUGGGUGUCUGACAGAUUUGAAGAUAAAGGACAAGAGAUAAAAUAUGUAUUGAGAGGAGGAUCAUACAUAGAUACUGCAGAUGGUAAACAUAAUCACAAAGUUACUGUCACUACAAGGUAAUUACAAUUUGCCUGGUUACCUCCUUUAAUCUGCUGAAAAUCUUUCAGUGACUUGGUUAUGAUUUGGGGAUGACUUCGCAAAAUGAUCUUAGUGUAGGGAUGAAUUUAGAAGUAGUCAAGCUAUUAAAUACUCAAAAAGGAUGGAAGAGAAAACAAUGAUAUGUCCUAUUCAAAAAAAGGGGGUUACAUUAUUUCAGCUGUGUUUUGUAAAACUGCAGAGUAACACAAUUCUUUUCAUGGCUCCCUGACCCCAAGAUGUUAUAGCCCACGGUCCCCUCCAAAAUACAGCUGUUGUAAGAAAGGUUGUUGGAAAAAGGACAAAAGUGCAUGCAACAAUCUUACGAGGCAUUAUCUGGGUAUCCAAUAAUAGUAAUUCAUCAAACCCUCAAUGCCUCAACUUCAUAGUGAUGUUUUAUCAGAUUUCCUUGAAAUCCUGAGGUCAAGUAACCUUAACCUUAAACAACCCACAAUACCUUUUGGGGCUAUUGCAUAUGCUUUAAUCCUGUUUUUCUGACACCUAUAAACAGCUAUAUACAUAUGAAAUGUAUACAAAAAACAGGAGCAGAUAAAAAUAAUUCACUUGAAAGAAAAAUAGAUCUCACUUUAUAUUAUAUUAUUUAUAUAUAGUAAACAAAGUGUAAACUACAGUAGAAAGCCAAAACAUACCUUUACAGCUCUGGAAGAUCCUUGAUUUUCUCAUUGUGUUUCAAUUGUACACUAUUUGCUUUUUUUUGUACAUUCCAGGAUGGGUAACACAGCAGAUGCUGGCUCUGACAACAUCAUGUUUCGUUGUGCUCGGAGAGCCUCCAAGGAUGAACUUUAAUGACAAGUUUGGGGAUUCAAUAGACACAACCAUCAUGAAUAGAUAUGUUGUUAUUAGGUAUUAUUAAAUUAUUGAUUAAAGAAGAAGUGAUUUUUACAAAAAACAGAGAUGCAACCUGUUGUAUGCCUUUGUCAACCAUGCUGAAUAUGACAAACACACUAAUGUCAUUAACUAUCUCCAUUUUGGAUUUGUUGGCAUUUACAUAAUCAUUCAUCACAGAGUGGGUGUGGUGUGGAAUAACAGGAAAAAAAGCAAAGCAAGACUAUGACAUUAGUACUACAGUUGCUCUUUCAGUCACUGUCAUCUUCCUUUCUGUGAAUGUUGUAGGAUUUCAAUCAGAAGCAGCAUUGGUCACUGUGACCAUGAAAACUUAGUUAUGCAUUGUUCAUGUUGAAUUAAUGGCUCCUCACAAUACAAUGACAACAAAAGGUAUAGAUUAUUCAAAAAUACCUUGUAUUCAUCACUGAAAAAUAAGAGUAGAUUCCACUGAAUUUUGAACUGAGUAUAAAUUGUGCCAUUACAGAAGUGUACUUGAUGUUUUAAAAGAGUAGAACAAAAUAAGCACUGUUUUUAAUAGAAUAAAAACCUUAAAGAUGACUUUACAUGUUACAAGUGCUCUGAAGUAUAUGGACAGAGAGAUCAAAAUCAUAACAAAUUUCUUAAAAAAUUAUUUACAAUACUAUCUUUGUAAAUUAUGGUAAGAACUUAAUGAGCAG